CCGGUUGCCGCGCGACGUCUAACUCGGAGGCUGCGGGGAAACGAUGGAGAAAUGAGAAAGCUGCAGAAACCCGGAGAAAGACGAACACGUCUGGACGCGAACUCGCCAAGAAGCCGCACAUAAAGACGAUAUUUAAAGACGAAUGCAGAAAAAGACCCGAGACUCGUUACUUACUGUGAAGUUGUUACUGUAAUUUUCACCUUCUGCCCGAUUCCGUCUCCGCGGAAGGACGAAGCGGUUUAAGGACCAUGGGGACGUCUGUGUGCUCUAACGGGACCGACGGGACGGGCGACGGCGUGCCGAAGCCUCUGCGCGCGUGUCUGGUGGCGCUUGUGGUGCUGCUCAUCCUUCUCACUGUGUUUGGCAACGCGCUGGUGGUGAUCGCCGUGUUCACCAGCCGAGCGCUGAAAGCUCCUCGGAACCUUUUCCUGGUCUCGUUGGCCUCGGCUGACAUUUUGGUGGCGACGCUGGUCAUGCCCUUCUCGCUGGCCAACGAGCUGAUGGGCUACUGGUAUUUUGGCCAGGCGUGGUGCGUGGUGUACCUGGCUCUGGAUGUGUUCUUCUGCACCGCCUCAAUUGCGCACCUGUGUGCCAUCAGCCUGGACCGCUACUGGUCCGUGACCCGGGCCGUGGAGUACAACCUGAAGCGCACGCCCCGCCGAAUCAAGUGCGUCAUCCUUGCGGUGUGGGUCGUCGCUGCCGUCAUCUCCUUCCCACCGCUCGUCACCGCAGAGAAGGAGGGACAGCGGGAGGCGGGGCGCCCCGUGUGUGAGAUCAACGAGGACAAGUGGUACAUAAUCUCGUCCUGCGUCGGCUCCUUCUUUCUGCCCUGCGGCAUCAUGGUGCUCGUUUACAUCCGCAUCUACCGGAUAGCCAAGAGCAGGACGAGAGUAGGGAGAGGGAGGGGAGAGGAAGACGAACUACAACGGAGGGAUGACGCUGGAAAGGAGGAAGAUGGCGAAGGCCGGCACCAAGAUGAGCCCGGCCGCGAUCCAGACGACGUCGCAGAGGAGUCGUCCUCUUCCGACCGCAAGGACGACGACGACGCUCGCGCCGGCGCGAAGAAGCGAGCUGUAAGCGCGGCCGACACAAGAAGGGUCAGACCCGGGGACAAGAUAGGCGAGCGUUCCACACGGCGGGGUGGUGCUCGUGGACGCUGGAAAGGCCGGCAGAACCGCGAGAAGCGCUUCACCUUCGUCCUAGCUGUUGUGGUCGGCGUCUUCGUCGUCUGCUGGUUCCCUUUCUUCUUCACAUACACACUGAAGGCACUUUGCGACUCGUGCUACGUUCCCGUCACGCUCUUCAAGUUCUUCUUUUGGUUCGGCUACUGCAACAGCUCGCUCAACCCCAUCAUCUACACCAUCUUCAACCGCGACUUCAGGAGAGCUUUCAAAAAGAUCCUGUGCCGAGGAGAACGCAGGCACGCGUGAAGCAAACGCUGUGUUCGCGGGUCGUUUCUGACUCUGUAAACAUUUUGCGGUGGUCGCAAAGAGAUGGACGCCGGAUCGUGAAGAACGGCUGCUUCAAUAUGACACCUGCUCGUGUUAUACGUCGAUAAGAGCGAUAAGAAGAAAACGGCCUGCGGUGCCUCGCUCUGUAAAUAUCACAAAUCGCACAGCGGGAACCUGCGCGUGAGACGCUUCCUCAUGUUCCUUUUAACAUGUCUGAAGUGUGUGUGAUGUUAAAUAUGGAUAUUUCAGACAGAGAUCAUGUUUUGUUGUGUCUGGGGAAUGACAGUAAAAUGUGACUAAAUUAAUAUCGCUCCCAAACGAUUUGACAAAAUAACAAACGCAGAAAGAAAACAACUCUCAUCUCCUCUCGUCUGUGCCGUCGUGUCUGGCUUUUGUCAUCUCACAGAAAUGUUUUUUUUUUUUCAGGGAAUAAGCUUUUAUGUAUUCGCUUAAUGUGUAUAUGAGCUUAAUAUGAGCCAUUCGGCAAAACAACCUGGUUUCAUGUCACCGAGAUCCUCUUCUGUCUCACUAAAGUCAAAUGCAUUCCUGCGGUUUCGGUGUCGCACACGUGGCUCGUCUCGUGAAGCGGGAUGGAUCUGAAAUAAAACUGACGCUGAGGUUAAAGUCUAGCUUUAAAUAAUCGCUACGUCAUGUAAAUCAUGCAGUAAAGUACAUGCAGAAAGGUCAUAUACGGGGCAAAGACGUCCCACGUUCAUUACCACAGACUUGGGGGUUGGGGGUGUAUGCACACACACACUACACAUCACAUAAAACGCUGUGUGCUUGUGAUCAAGUUUGUUAGAAAACAUUACAGAAAUCUUAAAAAGAGAAGGCUGGAUUAUUUCUCUCUGUACUUUACAGCACAGGACAUUUUGCUUUGGACCGAAGAGCUCAGCGUCUCAGUCUCAUACUGUAGAAAGUUUGACUGGAGUUUUGAUUUUUUUCAUCACGCUGAAACACGAUCGAUGUUCUCGAGGUUUAGUGGGUCGUGGCUGCUGAAGUCACCGUCCUGAAAUCAUGUUAAACAGAAAAUCUACCGUUAACUGAUAGAAAACAAAUGUGCUUAUAUCUGCAUCCUGGAGUUUGUUCUUAGUCCUGUUUUUUUUUUUGUAGGACAUGUUGCUUGUUCUGCUGAAAUAAAGUGGGUGUGCCGUAUCUGACUCGUGAUUCUUUUUCCUGUAGAGCUAGGAAAAAGGGCUAGGAUUCCGAGCCGAAGAGCUACUACAGACGUGCCGAAUUGGUCGUUAGCGCUUUGAGUGGGACGUGUUUGAGCGGCGAAAACCUCGUUUUCUUAUUUCUCUCCGAUCUCAAACCAAAACCACAGAUCUUUUCAAUUUGAGACACAGCCCUACACUGAGAAAAAAAAACAUCCAUACUAAAAGUUUAUUUUCUAUUUUUACUGACGUUUAAAAGGACGAUGGCGUUUCUAGGGGUUGAGUUGCGGGUCGUUUCUCUAGCGUUAUGUAAGGUUGGAAAAAAUGUGUUGAGACUCGCUGGUGGAAGGGGUCGUUUUUUAGCAUUUGUCGGUCCAGAACGAAGCAUUACCCCAAUCCUCGCGGAAAACGUACGUUUACUGUUUGUUCUUCUUUCGCUAUGUUUCGUGAUCCGUACGACACAUGAAUGUAGUGACGAGUCUCGAGCUGUCUAAUCUGCAGCUUUGCAUAAAUAAAUAAAGAAAUGCGGUCAGCUGAAAACCUCACGUGAGCUCAUGAACAAGAAAACCGGCCUA